CAUCCUCCUCCCUCAUGUGGGAGAUUCUGUCACAUCUUUGACCUGCAUUUUGACCCCACCUACCAUGUGACUGAUGAAUACACCAAAGUGUGUUUCUCCUCUAAGGGUGUCCCAGCCUCAAACCCUGGUCUUUUUGGAAACUUCAUGUGUGUCUACCAGCUCAUCCUGUCAGCUUUCCAGCACAUGAAACAAGUUGCCCCACAGCCAGAGUUUAUGAUCCGGACAAGAGACAGCCCUCCACAUGUCCCAUCAGGGGAGCUGUCCACGGACGUGGUGAUCCAAGUCAUCAGCAACAUGACUCAAACCAUCAGGGAGUUCCUCCUAGACAUGCCGGUGUACCCCGCCCUCGGGAACCACGACUACUGGCCCCAGGAUCAACUUCUGACCUCCACCAAUGAUAUUUACCAGGCUGCAGCCAAAUUGUGAGAGCCUCGCUUGAAGCCAGAAGCCCUUGUAACUCUGAGAGAAGGAUAUUUCCAGGGUGUCCUGCAGCCAAUGGAACUGUCCUGCUGGGUUGACAUUGCUCAUGUUCCAGUGGGUUACUUGCCCUAUGCCAGGAACACCACGGCCGUCAGAGAACUCUACAGUGAGAGACUUGUGAAGAUAAUUCGCAACUACAGGGAGAUCAUCUCAGGGUAUUUCUAUGGCCACACUCAUAGAGACAGCGUAAUGGUCUUGCAGGAUCAGCAAGGGGAGCCGGUUAAUUCCCUGUUUGUCACACCGGCUGUUACUCCAAUCAAAAGUGCAGAAGAGCCGUACUCCAACAACAGAGCCUUCCACAUGUAGCACUAUGACCCAAAGGACUACGGGCUGCUGGAUAUUUGGCAGUACUACUUGAAUCUCAUCGAAGCCAACCAAGAAAAAAGAUCUGACUGGAAACUUGAAUACGUAAUCACUGAACCAUUUGGAUUAAAGGAUAUUCAACCACACAGCUUGUUUCAACUUGCCCUGAGUUUUGAAAUGGGGCAAAGUGAAGCGUUUCAGAAGUAUUUUUGCCAUUUUAUGGUGAGCUAUGAUGAUAACAUUGUGUGUGAUGGGGCCUGCAAGCUGACUCAGGUCUUUGCGGUGCAGUCCUUGGACUAUACAUCCUAUUUCAAACGUAUUGAAAAGGGACACUAAAACAGGGAUAUUUUUUUGGUGAGCUACUGUAAUGGAAAAAUUCAGGGAUUUUAUUAAUGCUGUAGAGAUAUUUCAUAUGUAUUCACAUGACCAUGAAAUAUAAAUGUAUAAUGUAAUACUUUCAAUUAAAUGAUGACAAUUUAAGCAUCUCUGAGGUCGAAAUACGGACACGAUACCAGAUGAUAAUGUUGAUGAUUAUAUAAUCGCAAAAGGCCAAAUAUUGUGUACAACAUUUUUUGACCUCUUAUUGAUUUCUCUGUGACAUGUUCAAAUCAAAGAGAAAUAGAUCACUAAUUGCUAAGUACACUGUAUGGUUAUUGCUUUUAAAAUGUCUGGCAGUUAUGAAUAAACUGUAAACGGUGAAUUGCUUUGCUUGCAGAAUAAAGCAAAUUGCAUCUAAGUGGAACUGUUGCACAAAAGGGGAGGGCAUUUAUGAGAAAAAUGUUUUUUAUAUUUCAAUGCACUUGUUUAUUUCCCAAAAAUAAAAGAUGGCACAACAAUUUUCUCUA